AGUAAACCUCGCUCUAACAGCACCGUUUUCACCAGUUGGCGAGACUAUAAUUACCUUACACAAUGGGAGCUGGACGUCGAAUGAAAAGAAAACAGGGGCCUCCUGAGCCCCUCUCUGAGGAGCACUUUGCACGAUUGAAAAGAAAAGCUGGUCUGCCAGUUGAACCCGUCGUCGAAUCUACAAAACCGCUGAAGAAACGCAAGACAGCAAAGAAGCAAACUUCCCGAUCGCAAAAUGACAAGAAAUUACGAAGAGUAGGAAUUGAUUUUCAGCCAGAGCAUAUUUCCACGGGCGACUCUCAAUCUGAUCAGGACGAUGAAUUGGUAUCAGACACGCCGAACAAGCUUGGCGACGACUUCCUUGGGUCGGACGAGUCCGUCGUAGAUUCCGAUGACGAGACUGAACAGAAAAAGGGCCGUUUUGUUUUCUCUGAUGAUGAAGAUGAAUCCGACAUGGAAGAACAACUCACUGCGGCCAAUAUUGAAGGCUUAUCCACGAAGCUAGACCUCCAACUGGAGGAAGAUCGGGAAGCUGCCAACGCCGAGGUUCAGGAAUCUGCGCUUCAAACCAAUCUUGACGAUGACAGACCAAAAGUCCUUGGCGCUCAAGGGGAUGUAGAGGAGGAUUCCGAAAACGCGCCUUCUGCUGAACUUGCUCCUGACCUCCAACUUCUCCGUCAGCGAAUCACGGACAUUGUUCGGGUGCUAGGCGACUUCUCCAACUUAGCCGAACGUGGGCGUUCUCGGGCAGACUACACGGCACAAUUACUGGCCGAUAUCUGCGCUUAUUAUAACUACAGCCCUUAUUUGGCAGAAAAGCUUUACAACCUCUUUACUCCAAGAGAAGCCUUCGCCUUCUUUGAGGCUAACGAGGCUCCUAGGCCAAUUGUUAUCCGCACUAACACUCUGCGAACGCAUCGUAGGGAUCUUGCUCAAGCGCUCAUUAACCGGGGUGUUACACUUGAGCCUGUUGGUAAAUGGAGCAAGGUUGGUCUACAAGUUUUCGAAUCGUCCAUCCCUCUUGGUGCCACUCCGGAAUACUUAGCUGGGCAUUAUAUUCUGCAAGCUGCGUCGUCUUUUCUGCCUGUCAUGGCUCUGUCUCCUCAGCCUAAUGAGCGGGUUUUGGAUAUGGCCGCUGCCCCUGGUGGCAAGACCACACAUUGCGCCGCCCUCAUGAAGAAUACUGGAAUUAUUGUUGCAAACGAUCCUAACAAGGCCCGUGCGAAAGGUCUAAUUGGCAAUAUCCAUAGACUGGGUGCAAAGAAUGUUAUUGUCUGCUCAUACGAUGCGCGAGAGUUCCCACGUGUCAUGGGUGGUUUUGAUCGAGUUCUUCUUGAUGCUCCAUGCUCGGGAACUGGCGUCAUAUCUAAGGAUCCAUCCGUCAAGACUAACAAAACCGAGAAAGAUUUUAUGACACUACCUCAUACACAAAAGCAACUAUUGCUGUCGGCUAUCGACUCUGUUAACCAUAGUGGAUCUGGCGGUUAUAUUGUCUACUCGACUUGUAGUGUUACAGUUGAGGAAAAUGAACAAGUGGUCGCCUAUGCACUUUCUCGACGUCCCAACGUCAGAUUAGUGGAUACAGAACUCCCAUUUGGAAAGGAGGGCUUUACCAGUUACAUGGGCAAGAACUUUGAUCCCAGCCUCAAAUUGACACGUCGGUAUUACCCCCACACUUACAACGUGGAUGGUUUCUUUGUUGCCAAAUUUCAGAAGACUGGCCCAACUGUGGUAACCCCUCGCAAUGGCGACAGCAAGGAGGCCAAUUAUGUGGCGCGGGCUGAUACUGUUUCCGCUCUGGUACACGAUACAUCAGAUACUGAUGGCGCAGCCGAGGCUGAUGAUUUUGCGGACUUCGACGAGGAUGAAGAUCGUGAGUAUAUGGAUCGGGCCAAGAAGAGUGCGAUGAGACGCCGCGGUCUCGACCCUAAGUCGCUGCGAAAGAAGUAACGUCAGGGGUGAGCAGGAUAAUAGUCUAGUAGCUUUGUAGUAUUGAUAAAUGCAAGUGUGAUUUUCACCUUUCG